AUGAGUCAAAGGAUACUGAUCCAGGAGCAAAAAUUCUCCGUCUACACCCAGAAACUGCUACUUCAUGCAGGAAAGUUAUUGAUGAUGAAGAUAAAGUCCCGAGAGCUCAAAGAUGGUCAGAAACUGACUACAAUCCUCACAUUUCCAGCGAGGGGAGUGGGAAGUAGGGGUGAAGUUGUUGGCAGGGAAGUGUUUCAAGCUGAAAGCCCCAGGCCUAUCCACCCUUCCCCCCUCCCAACUCCUCCUCGGGAUAAUAGAUCCCGCCAUCCCCCCAGGCUCGUCGGGCGGCGCCAGGUGAGACUCCCUCCACCUGGGGAGAGGGGAGCGAGGCAAGGGCUGGGCGCGGGAUGCGCGCAGCCUCCCCUCCCAGGGAAGGAGGGCGGGGCUGCGCGCGGCGGGACCAAUGGGGAGGGGGGGGCUAGCUGUCGGGAAGAAGCGGCUGAGUCCGCACCCUUCUGCUCCCGCACCCCCACCCUCCCCGCCUUAAAGCCCCGCGGGGAGCAGGUGGCGGCCCGGGUAGCCAAGCGGAGGAGCCGCCGCCGCAGCCGCAGCAGCAAGCCGGGCGCCCACGGAGGAGAUGAGAGCAGGAGCGGCGCCGCCGGCACCAUGCGCCGCCCGCCUCCGCUGCCCCUGGCCGCACUCUGCCUCUUGGCGCUGCCAGCAGCCGUCGCCGCCUACUUCGGCCUGACAGGAAGAGAAGCUCUGACUCCUUUCCCAGGACUGGGCCCAGCCACGGCUCCCCUGCAGAGCAGAGCCCACCUGAAGCAGUGUGACCUGUUGAAGCUUUCCCGUAAGCAAAAGCAGUUAUGUCGGCGGGAGCCAGGCCUAGCUGAGACCCUGUAUGAUGCUGUGCACCUGGGUGUCCUUGAGUGCCAGGCCCAGUUCCGCCACGAGCGCUGGAACUGUAGUCUGGAGGGGAGAACAGCGCUCCUGAAAAGAGGUUUCAAGGAGACGGCCUUCCUAUAUGCAGUAUCCUCAGCGGCCCUCACCCAUGCAUUGGCCCGGGCCUGCAGUGCAGGCCGAAUGGAACGCUGUACCUGUGAUGACUCCCCGGACCUGGAGAACCGGCAGGCCUGGCAGUGGGGUGUGUGUGGGGACAACCUCAAAUACAGCACCAAAUUCCUCAGCAACUUCCUGGGGCCCAAGAAGGGAAGCAAGGACCUUCGCGCCCGGAUGGAUGCCCACAACACCAACAUGGGUAUCAAGGCUGUGAGGAAUGGUCUGAAGACCACAUGCAAAUGUCAUGGCGUCUCUGGCUCCUGUGCCGUGAGGACCUGCUGGAAGCAGCUCUCCCCCUUCCGGGAGACGGGCCAAUUGCUAAAGCUACGUUAUGACUCCGCCGUCAAGGUCUCCAGCACCACCAACGAAGCCUUGGGGCGCCUAGAGCUGUGGGCACCCCCGAGGUCCAGUCGCCCAGCCAAAGGCACGGCCCCUCGGCCCGGCGACCUGGUGUACAUCGACGACUCGCCUAGCUUCUGCCGGCCCGGCAAGUACUCUCCAGGCACAGCAGGGCGGGCCUGCUCCCGGGAGGCCAGCUGCGACAGUCUGUGCUGCGGUCGGGGCUACAACACCCAGAGCCGGCUUGUGGCCUUCUCUUGCCACUGCCACGUGCAGUGGUGCUGCUAUGUUGAAUGCCAGCAGUGUGUACAGGAGGAGUUGGCCUACACAUGUAAGCAGUAGGUCCGGGUUCCCCAGCCUGAGGAUGCUGAGAUGGACUAGAGACAUUCCCGACCGGUUAUACAGUCCUACUGGCCCAGCUUCCACUCUAACCACACUGACCACCCACAACCGCACUGUCAAGUGUGUGCACCUGGAUGUAUGCUUGCCCACUCCCUACACCUUCCUUCCUCUUUCUACCUUGGCUGCAACCAUUAAUUCCUCCAUAAUCUCCAUGCUCAAAACUUGUUGAGGAGGAAUGACGACACAUGGGACCUCAAGGUCUACCGUGUGUCAGUG